GGUACAGUUUGCUCCGUUUUGUGGGUGUGCCAGGGUGUGGCUUGAAGACUGACUUAUUUAAAAGCUAGAGGUGCAUUUUGAAGCCACAACCCUAUUUUUCAACUGGUCGUUCACCAGGCUACAGCACCGUUUCCGUUCAAUUGAACGUUCUAUUACGUUUUUAUGCACUGAACGCUGCCCUACAUAGCCUGCUUGCGGACCUUCACCUUCUUCUCCACUUGGUACUUCCACUAUUUUGCAUGAGAUAAGCCUACAGAUCGUCCUCCUGGCCGUGAAUGCGCGUCAGUGUUUCAGUGUGACCGUUUAUGCGGAUAAGUUUCUAGUGCAAUUGGUUAAGUGAAGAAAUCUUCGGGGCUGGAUUGUGAAAAAGUUCUGCAUCACUAUGCGAGCGAUUAACCUCGAUACCUACAGCCUGUCACUGCUUACGGCCAAAGAGGACAUUCUCAACCCCCGCUCAUCAACCAACUGGGCUCUGUUCACCUACGAUGGGGCCACUAACAACCUCAAACUGGCUGACUCUGGAGCAGGUGGAGUGGUGGAGCUGUCAGAGAAGUUCCUCAUAGCCAGACCUCAGUAUGGGCUCUGCAGAGUGGGCUCAGCCGAGGUAGGAGGCCCUCGCGUCGCCAUGAUCUGCUGGGUCGGGCCAAAUGUGGAUGAGAACCGCAGGACAGAAUGUGCCAGCCAUGUGCCUGCUAUCAAGACCUUUUUCAAGGAGGCCUAUGUGUUUAUCAGUGCUGAGAGUAAGGAGGAUGUGACAGAGGAGAAGAUAGGUGCUGAGCUCAAUAAAGUCUGCUCCCCGACAGCGCAUGUCAGAAGAAGCAGUCGGUCCAAGGACAAGGAGACAGUGGGCACAAACUACAGAAAGACUAACGCUGCCAUGGAGAUGAGCCGCGCCAACAGAGACUCCUUCUGGGCACGUGCAGAGCGUGAGGAGGAGCGGAGGAAGGAAGAGGAGAGGAAGCGUGCAGUGGAGGACAGACGACGUUGGGAGAAAGAAAGAGUUUUGAAGGAACAGAAAGAGGCUGACGAGAGGGAGAGGAAGAUGAACAAGAAACUACAGAUGAUCGAAGAGCAGAGGAGAAUGCAGGUCCAGCUGGAGGCAGAAGUGAGGAAACAGGAGAAAUCUAGAUGGGAGCUGCAGGAGAGAGAGCAUGAGGAGGACAUGAGAUUUCGCUUCAGACGCAGCGAGUCCAUUGAGAAAGCAGCAGAGGCAGCGAUGCUGGUAUCACAGCGCUCCAUGAACCCCAGAGAGUUUUUCAGACAGCUGUCAUCAGUAUCAUCCCAUAGCCCAUCCAGCCCCGGCUCCCCCCGCACAGUCAAACCUCCAUUAAGGCGGUACCAGCGCAGCUUGACUGACACAGCAUUCAACUUUGGGAAAUCGGACAGCCCCAUCCCCACUUCCCCCCGCAGUCCCACAUUGGUCUCCCGCUUCCCAACCUCCCCCUUCCACCGCACCAUGUCCCCGCCCAGCCCCAUCUUCCGCCCAAUCAGCUCUCCCCAGAGCCCUCGCGCGCCCCUGGUGUCCCCUCCGAAAUCGGCCCUCCACUCAUCCCCACCUGUCUCAGCCCAGGCUACUCUCCCAUCACCCAGCCUCCAGUCUCCGCUCCAAACCCAGCCCUCUGCCAUCCCAGCCUCUCCAGGCCUCCUCGCCAACAUGUCCCUCACCUCCCCUCUAGAGAACCAGCUCCAGGCCCAGUUCCGGCCCCAGUCCCAGCCUGAGUGCUUCCCCUAUCCCCUAGUUUCCCUGAAGCCUGUCUCAGCACCACAGCCUCCUACUGCCCCUGUGCCAGAGAGUCCACUGCAGCCAACAGAGCAGUACACAGCUGUACAAGUUGUACUGGUGGAGGAAGAUGAAGAUGAAGAGGAAGACCAGGCAGGCAGAGCCCAGCAUUGAGAAUACCGAGCCAAACCCAAAUAUGAAGGAGGGAGGGGAGGGCUCAGCACAGGAUUCAGACCUUACAUCAGUACAGGAGCCUAUGGCAGAGGAAGGGGAGGAGGCAAAGGAAGCUGGACAAGAGAAGGGACAAUCCGAUUACAGCCAG